AAUAAAACGAAUAAGUACAAUGUCGCUCAGAUUAUCCGGGAAGGCUGCCAUUGUAACUGGAGGAGGAAGUGGGAUUGGGAGAUCGGUUUCGGAAUUAUUUGCUAGAGAAGGUUGCAGUGUUGCAGUUUUGGAUCUAAAUCAAGACGGGAUGGAUGAAACAUUGAAACUACUUGAUACGAACCAUGACAAUGUACAUUGCACAAUCAAGGUGGAUGUAAGCUCUUCCGAUCAAGCAAAAGAGGCCUUCAAGACUGCCGAAGAAAAACUUGGAAAAAAAAUUACAGUGCUUGUUAACUGUGCAGGGAUUGCAAUCGCUCCAUUUUCUUUUGACCAGACGGAAGAAACUGUCUUCGAUGACGCUAUUCGAGUUAAUUUGAAAGGAACUUUCAUAAUGUGCAAGCAAUUUUUGUUGUCACUGAAAAGUUUCAGGACUAAUUCUAAUGACACCCGAGGAACGGUGGUGAAUAUAUCUAGCAUUCUUGCCACAAAAUGCGUAGCAGAACAAACAAGUUACACUGCUUCAAAAAUUGGGGUCGUUGGAAUGACUAAAACAAUGGCUUUGGAAUAUGAAAAACAUAAAGUUCGUUGCAAUGCAGUGUUACCUGGCCCGACUUUAACACCAAUGAUACAGCGAUUUUCCAGAGAGUUUCUACAACCGAUUAUGGAUAAGAUACCGAUGAAAAGAAUGGCAAAACCCGAGGAAGUAGCGAGAUGUAUUUUAUUCCUGGCCUGCGAUGAAAGUUCGUUCGUAAAUGGGGCAUGCCUCGAAAUCAAUGGAGGUGCAUAAUUUAUACGAAGAUUGAACGUGCAAAACACUCAUUUUCGAUAUCCUACAUUCCUGCAAUUACCGGACUAUAUAGCCUACUUCUUGUGAAUAAAUAUAAUAUACUAAA